AACAUCAACAAGCCUGCCAGGGAGCGGAGUUGGCGCUCUGCAAAUAUGCGGCGUCCAGAGAGCAGCAUGGCAGGCUGGGGGAGAGGCGGGGUCUGACACCGCUCUGGAAACAUCGCUCUGAAAACAUCUCUAAUCCACUGUUUCAGGUGGGGAGCGGAGCGACCAUUACUCAGCCCGGCCACAGACACGCAGCAGCCCGGGGAGGGACGACCUGGACACGGAGGGCCAAACACUCUCAAGAAAGAGGGGGAAAAAAGCUAGUAAAUGUGAAGUUUCAGCGCGGCGAGACAGCGCUCCCCUGCUCUGGUUCGUGGACUAGUUUCACAGCGACUCUCACUUUAAAUACAGUUUAACGCGGAGACUCCGCAGCGGCGCUGCGCUUAUUCCAGCCGACACCGACCCGCGCAACUCCCUCUUUCUGCAGGAUAUUAUCGCUUUUUUCGGUCAUUAUUCUCUCUGAGCUCAACCAUGUUUCCUGACUUACCUGGAUAAAACUUCAAUGCAGAUGACCUUCUGGGAGGGACAAAGAAGUGCAGCUGAAUAUCCACAAGAGCAUCUGGACCAUGAGCCAAAACCUUUUGAGAUGGGGUUUUUUUUUUGUGCCUUCUGAAGGAGGUGUGAAGCGUUUCACCAGCAGCUUCACAAGAUGAUCGAGUGCAAAUUACAUUCUUUUGGAAAUAAAAGACAACGUCUUAUCAAAAGAUCACCAAUAAGAAGACUUUGACUGUAACUGUAUUUUUGUUUAUUUUCUUAAUUGAACAGUUUUCAGUAGCCGACAAAUUAAAAUAAAUUUCUUCAUGGGCUGCUGAAGUGGACCAGAAACCCAUGUGCAGCAGGGCAGCUGCAGCAGCUGGUGGCAUAACUUAGCCUCGGACUGUUGGGUCGUUCUCCCUUUGGGGCCCAGCGACAACCUGCCCCAACCUCUCACUUUCCAACCUGUCUGUCUGAAGGCAGACUCCACUAACCAAUGGCAUGGGUCAAGUUCUUCAGGAAGCAGGGGGGCAAUCUGGGGAAAUCGUACCAGCCGGGGAGCAUGCUGUCUCUGGCCCCUACCAAAGGACUCUUGAAUGAACCGGGCCAGAACAGCUGUUUCCUCAACAGUGCUGUGCAGGUACUAUGGCAUCUGGACAUCUUCAGGCGCAGUUUGAGGCAGCUACCUGGACACUUCUGUCUGGGAGACUCAUGCAUUUUCUGUGCUUUAAAGGGCAUUUUCUCCCAGUUCCAGCAGAGUCGGGAGCGAGCCUUGCCCUCUGACAACCUGCGUCAUGCCUUGGCAGAGACCUUUAAGGACGAGCACCGCUUCCAGCUGGGCUUUAUGGAUGAUGCUGCUGAAUGCUUUGAAAACAUUCUUGAGAGGAUCCACCUCCACAUUGUGCCUGAGGAGACAGAUGCCUGCGUUUCAAAGUCUUGUAUCACUCAUCAGAAGUUUGCCAUGUCACUUUAUGAGCAGUCCGUGUGUCGCAGCUGUGGGGCCUCGUCCGACCCACUGCCGUUCACAGAGCUGGUGCAUUAUAUCUCCACCACUGCACUCUGUCAACAGAUGCUUCAGCGCAGAGACGAGUCUUUUGGAGAACUGUUACAAGCAGCAGGUACAAUAGGGGACCUUCGAAACUGUCCGAGUAACUGUGGCCAGAGGAUCAGGAUCAGACAGGUCCUCAUGAACUCCCCAGAAAUAGUCACCAUAGGCUUUGUAUGGGACUCUGACCAAUCAGAUCUCACUGAAGAUGUCAUCCGCUCACUCGGGCCUCAUCUUACUCUCUCUGCGCUCUUCUACAGGGUGACAGAUGAGCAUGCCAAAAAGGGAGAGCUGCUGCUCGUGGGGAUGAUCUGCUACUCCAGCCGCCACUACUGUGCCUUCGCCUUCCACACCAAAUCCUCCAAAUGGGUUUUCUUUGAUGAUGCAACAGUGAAAGAGAUUGGCUCCCGGUGGAAAGAUGUGGUCAGCAAAUGCAUAAAAGGUCACUUCCAGCCUCUCCUCCUUUUUUACUCCAACCCUGAUGGGAGUGCCAUCACCACAGAAGAUGCCUCAAAACAAAACAGCAGCCAGUCUCACUACAAAGCCUCCGUCAAUGGAGAAGUACACGGUUCAGAGUCUCCAGUUUCAGUCCCCAAGAAGCUGGACCUUACAAGAGAGAAUCUGAAGGCUGUGCUGGGCCACGACUCUCACAAACAGAAGACGCCUUCGACCCUCAGCAGAAGCAGCGCUCAGGCCAGUGGAGGACGGGGGCCAGUGAAAAUUGGUACUGCUGAUCCCAGGAGUCGCCUCAGGGACAUUUCCAGAGAAGUAGCCCAUCGAGCAGGAGAGUUGCGGGGAAUGCAUUCAUCCAGAAGAGAUGCUGACAGGAGUGGUCAGCGGAAGCUGGACUCACGCUACAGAGAUGCAGGUCAGGACCGUCAGUACUCGCGCUCCGCUUCCCCUCCGGAGAACGGCUUCAAACAGCACAUGGAGACUCGACUGUAUAGCAGCCAAGGAAAAGGUCCCAUCCGGACCGAGCGAACCCCGUACCUCGGAGGCCGGUCCUCUCAUGAACCCUCGCACUCCCACUCAAGGGUCCAAGUCCUACCCAGUGUGCCUGCUACAAGAGGUGGCCAUCACAGCAAGAGAGAAGAGCAGCUCUCCAACGGAUACGACACCGACAGCAGCCAAGACUCCAGAGAGCGGCACGGAGGGAACAACCGCAGCAGGUCCAAUCGCCCGUGGAAGCCCGUGCGGGAGGCGCUGAAUGUGGACAGCAUUUUAAGAGGCGUCGAUGAAGGAAAUCCAGACACCAAAGAGCCACCGAGACGCCACAGCCCCCAGCGGAGGCCGAGUAGCCACUCGCCCUCGCGUGACCGAGAGCGAGAGAGGGAUUUUACAUGGGGAGAGCGAGAAGAGCUCAAACCCAAGAGCCUGAUGACCAUCUACGAAGAUGAGCAGAGGCAUGAAACCGGUGGCAGCCGAAGCUCUCUGGACUCGGAUAGCCGAGGAGGCCACAGCGACAGAGACAGAUCCAAGAGCUCGGCAACUCUUAAAGUGCGCAAUGAAAACUGGAAGAUCCAGAGAACCGAAUCUGGAUACGAAAGUAGUGACAGACUAAGCAAUGGCUCAGCAAAUCUCGACUCGCCUGUUGUUGACGGCCUUUCUUCAAAGGACCUGCGGCCCAUAUCCGAGCAGCAUCUGAUGAGGGAUCACUUCCCCCCAAGAUCAUGUGAUGAUUUGAAGGCUGAUCUCUUGUACUCUACGUUUUCUAAUGGUGAACAAAGACGAAAAUCUCCGGAUCCACAGGACUUCAACGUCCUGUCAGGUCGAGCCAUACAAAGGAGAAAAGGAGCCUUCAGAUACACUCCUGGGAGCCUGGAAAAGAACAAUGCCCUGGACAGCGAACAAGAAGAAAAUGUGGAUAACAGCUCUGUGAGCCCUGUGCUUCCGUACUUGGCAAAGACGAGCAGCUCCGAGUGGAACAGCUCAGACGACCUUGCUGGACCCUUCUCUGAACAAGAAGACACCGGUACUGCGGGCUCGGACCCGUUCCUGCACAGCUCUGCACCACCGGGACCUCCCAAAGCUGUGUUCAGCGUUCACACCGACCCAUCUGGCCUGCACGCCCUUCCCUCAGAGGUGCCGGCGUGGUCCGGCCCCCGCUACGAGCCCAAAAAUAACCUGUCCCCCUUCUCGCACACCGCCCUCAGACGGUGGAUCGAGACACCUGUCGAGCACAGACUUUCAUCCGACACCAGCUCCAAGUCUGGCUCCUCGGACCAGGACCGGAACGAUCUUUCAGCGAGCGAGAGCGAUGACCGGUUACCCAGUCCCAAGCCCCGGCUCAGCGACGGUACCGACUCCCCCUCUCCAGACGUGGCUCUCCCUACCACUUUCUUUUCUGUGGAUAGCUGCAUGACGGACACUUAUCGGGCCAAAUACCAUAAGAGGCCUGCCUUGUAUAUGAAAGCCGAGGACCACACUUCAUCUGGGGAGAGCGAUGUGGAAGGGAGGGGACUCACUUUGACUCCUCAACUGCUAGAACCGCCCAGAAGCAGAGCAGAGUCAGGUUAUUCGACGACAAAGACGACUGCAAAGUGGAAUCCUGUAACUCCGAAAGGACUUGAUGAGCAUGGUUUUCUAUGAUCGACUUUGAAUGCUGGACGCCAAAAAGGAACGACUGCUACACAGUUUGACUAUUAGGUGGAUGUGUUUUCUUUCACAUGCUUCUUCAAAGAUAAAGUUGGGUAUGAAACUGAAUGCUACAGAGAUUAUGAAAUUAUUGUAAGGGGUGUGUGUGUGUUUUUUUGUGACUUGUGAUUUUUGCACAGAUAAUGAAGGGUACAAAAAGAUUGAUGAGCUUAGAGGUGCACUCCAGUGAAGAAUGUGUCCCAUACAGCCACUUUAUCCCAGCAGAGAUGGAGUUUUUCCCCUCAAAGCGGGGACAAAAACUUCCUUACAGUUUUAUUUUCCUCUCACUUUUCAAAAAACGCCGUGUAACUUCUUUUUCUUCCAGUGUUAUUAGAUGCCUGCCCCAAUUCUGUUUGUGUUUGACAUGACGUACCCGUCGUGCAGUGGGGUUUAAACAGAACGAGACGAUCCGGUUACAUUCGGAACGUGGUUUUUUGAUUUUUCCGAACCGUAUGUGGCAUCUUGGGCGCACUCUUGUCACGUCAACAUGAUUUCCAAGGAUAUGCAAGAAUAUUCAGACACUGCUUGUGUAUCUUGUCUCCUCUGGAUGGUGGUUCAGGAGGGAACGCCAGCAGAGAUUCCCGUUUUUCUCAUGAAGUUUGAUGACAUCCGCGAAUAAGUGGCAGAAGCAGAAUGUUUCUGCAUCAAACCUUCAGCAGGGCAGGCUUGAUGUGUAAGAACAACUUUGAACUACCAGAGAUGAUGUCUAAGAGUCAGAAAGUGAUGGGUAAAUAUGUUAAAGUGCUUAUUUGGUAGAAAAGUGUUAAGUAAAUCCUACUUAUUACUUGCUCACCUGUCAUUUACUGUUAUUAUGUCUAUGCACUGUUCUUCUAGUUUAUCCUCCUAACACUCCCUGCAGAAACAGUUCUCAGUUUCCUGUUAGCUGCAAGUUGGCUCCUGCGGAACGUAUAAAUGUCAGUCUAACAACGCCAUUUACAGACUGGGCUUGCUUCUUUUGAGUCGGGGUUUAUUGAUAAAACUGUUGUCACUCGUUUGGUUUUAGCUCAGACGUUUUCAUGUACAUGAAGCUGACUAAUGCACAGUGCCUUUUGUAUUUUUCUAUGUCCAGGCAAGAUGAAAUUAGAGCCAUGAUUUGUACAGUUCCUUGAUUUUAAAGAAUUUUUGUAACAUUUUAAUUUUAUUUUUGUUAACAAAUGCUAAAUAAAAAGAUAUUUAAUCAA